AUGGGGGAAGAGGAAGAUAGAAUGGCACCUAGGCCUUCAACAUCGACUUCACAGCCAGUUUACACGCAUCAAAAUGAUGGCUUAGGAUGUCCAAACUUAGACCAUCAUCCUCACCAUAUGUCCUACCCUCUGGCGAGUAAUCUGGAGGAUUUUAUUAGAGUUGACGAUUCAUUCCGGUACCAGUCCUCGAGUAAUACGGAGUACUUGAGGCAAGAAACGCCCCCCGCGUCAGUUAUACCAAAUAGUGAUGAAUUUGAAGAAAAUGUUGGAAGUUGUCAUGAUGUUGAUGAAAUGUUCUUUGACAUAAAUGAAGAUUUGGAGGGUACCACUGUUGUCCGGGAUGAUGAGGUACAAGUUGAACCACCAAGAUCCGGGUUGGAGUUUGACAGUGAGAAAGAGGUUGUGGCGUACUAUAAGAAGUAUGCCAAGCAAGAGGGUUUUGGUGUAAGGACACAGAGGACUAAAAGAGAUGAUGAUGGGAAGCCGGUGUAUCUGACCAUUGGUUGUGCCCGUAGUGGAAAGUACGAUCCCAAGCCAAACAGUAAUAUCUUGAAGCCACGGGCAACCACCAAAACAGGUUGUAAGGCGAAGGUAAAUGCAGCGCUGAACAAAAAUGGAAAAUGGGUUUUCACCACUAUUGAGAAUUCUCACAACCAUAUUACUGUGAGCCCCAAGAAAAGUAGACUACUGCGAUCCCAUAAACACCUAGAUCAAUACAGUCAAAGGAUCUUGGAGCUGAAUGAUAGAGCCGGUAUACGAAUGAGUAAGAACUUUUAUUCUCUUGUUGUUGACGCGGGGGGUUAUGAGAAUCUAGCUUUCCAAGAGCAAGAUUGUAGGAAUUACAUUGACAAAGCUAGAUAUUUAAGGUUGGGCAAAGGAGGUAGUGAUGCACUUAAUGAGUAUUUCAAGAGAAUGAGAGAUCAGAAUGAUGGCUUCGUUUCUAAUAUGGACGUGGAUGAUGAGGGAAGGCUAAGGAAUGUUUUUUGGGCUGAUGCACGUAGUUGA